AAAAAAAAGAAAAGGAAGAACAAAAAGAAAAAAGAUGGCACCGUGUCAUCAGAUCAAGAUCUGUCACACAUUUCUCUGGGAGAUAAGCAGGGGAGGGAGACACAGGGAGAAAGAGACUCUUCUGACAGUGAAAGCUCAGACAAUGCAAUGGAUACAACACCAGAUUCACUCCAAGAUAGGCUUUCCUCGUUAGAAAGCCAGUCUAGUUUUUUGCCAGCUAGUGAUAUUGUUGCCACCGCUGAAGAUGCCCAAACCAAUCAGAGUGAAAAGUCUGAUGCCCCAGUACAGGCAAAUACAGUGGAGCGGUCUGAGGUGGUGACAAGUAGCCCAAACGAGAUGGAGAGCAAUGUACAACAAUCUCCUGACAAUCAGCCACAGAAGACAGGACCAGCCGACACUCCAGCUGAACAUCCUGCCUCAGAGGACAACAAGAGUACAACCUCUCAGUCAGCUUCAAGUGAAGGGACCAAGGCCACUACGGCUAAAGAGCCAAAGGAAAAAACCUUGAAGAACCAGAAAGAAGCAGACAAUGCUAAAAAACCUAAACAGGACCAGAAUGCUAAUGUGGCUGCAAAUGCAAAGCAGUCAAAGGAAAACACGCAGAAGGGAAAAAAUCAGCAGGAACCGAAUCAGAAGCAACCUGUUGCAACUGGCCAAAAAAAGGUUUUUGGACCUCAUACAGCAAAGACUCACAACACUGGCUCCAGUGUGGACCCAGUGGAGAACAUGGAGAUUCAGCAGUCUGGGACCGGGCAGGACUUGACUCCAGCGCAGGCUUCAAAUGAUAAAAAAGGAUCUAAAGACGGCGGUGGCGACAGCAAAAAUUCAAAAACUCAAACAGCUCCGCCUCCUAGAAGACCAACAAGGAACACAACCAUUGCAGCACGUGACAGACUCACAAUUUACUUCCACGCGAUUCUGUCAAAGGAUUUCAAAUUUGAUCCAAGUGAGGAUCGUAUUUUCAUCAGGGCUGGGUCAUGCAUUGGAAACUGGGAUGAAGAUACAGUUGAACUGUCUGUGUCCAGG